UUUCUUUUCUUUCUUUUCCUUGUUUCCGUUUUCCUCUAUUCUUUUGUUACAGAUCAAGAUGAAGUUCGUCAGUACCUGCUUCAUUGCUGCUGCCUUGUUCGCUGUCACCUCGGCUCAAAAACCUAUCGUUUCUGUCACAUCGCCUUUGUCAGGCACUAAAUAUAAAGCCGGAUCAGAAGCCAUCAUCUCUUGGAUCAACCCUGCCGUACCAAAUAUCCCACAAAUCGUUUUGGCCAGAGGUCCGUCGUCCGCACUACAACCUGUGAUGACCAUUGCACAAAACGUCAAUGCCGCUGACGGAAAAUACGUCUGGAAGAUCCCUCUCGAAAUCGAAAACGGUGAUGAAUAUGCUUUCGAAAUUGGUCAAUCACCCGAUCUGGCAUUUGCAGGUCCAUUCACCAUCGAGGGAGGUGUCGGUGGCACAUUGCCAGCGUCGUCAAAUGGAGGUUCAUCGUCGACUUCCAACAAUGGCAUGCCCGUCGGCGGUUCGCCUGCCAAUGCCAACAGCAAUUCGGCCGCCACGCCGGCUGCCCCUGCCAGUAGCGCGCGAGCUAAUCAAGCCGCCGCUCGUCCUUCCGGAUCCAACUCGGCUUCCUCCGUAGCUACCCGUUCAUUUGCUUACGUUCAAAUGAUGACAGUGGCGGGUGUGGCUGUGGUCGCAGCAGCUCACAUCCUCUAAAAAAUCCGUAAUUUGCUUCUUGUCAUUGUUUUUUGAUUCACUAAUGUUUCUUUGAUUUUCCUUUCACCAUUCUUGUUUUCUGUAUCAGGACCAUACAUUUGAUCUUACCAAAGGUCAGCACUUUCUGCUUCCAUCGUCUUUUCUUCGUUCUAUCUCUCUCGAGUUUUGUUUUGUGUUCUUUUUCUUCUUUUUCAUCUAUAACCAUAGUACACAAUAAAAUUACGCAUAGUUACUCUUGCUUCAUGAGCACAGGAAAAAGUCCAACG